UUUUCUCUGCCCGGCUUUGAUCUCUGCUUAACAACAGUAACGUCACACGGACUACAGGGGAGUUUUGUUGAAGUUGCAAAGUCCUGCAGCCUCCAGAGGGCUGUCGGCGCAGUAGCAGAGAGCUACAGACUCCGCGCGCUCCAGAGACCGGCAGUACAGCGCGAGGCAGCGCGCGUCAGCAGCAGCCACCGGAGCCCAACCGAGACCACAGCCCUCCCCAGACGGCCGCGCCAUGGAACACCAGCUCUUGUGCUGCGAAGUGGAUACCAUCCGCCGCGCGUACCCUGACACCAAUCUCCUCAACGACCGGGUGCUUCGAGCCAUGCUCAAGACGGAGGAGACCUGUGCGCCCUCCGUAUCUUACUUCAAGUGCGUGCAGAAGGAGAUUGUGCCAUCCAUGCGGAAAAUCGUGGCCACCUGGAUGCUGGAGGUCUGCGAGGAGCAGAAGUGCGAAGAGGAGGUCUUCCCGCUGGCCAUGAACUACCUGGACCGAUUCCUGUCCCUGGAGCCCCUGAAGAAGAGCCGCCUACAGCUGCUGGGGGCCACCUGCAUGUUCGUGGCCUCUAAGAUGAAGGAGACCAUUCCCCUGACUGCCGAGAAGUUGUGCAUCUACACUGACAACUCUAUCCGGCCCGAGGAGCUGCUGCAAAUGGAACUGCUGCUGGUGAACAAGCUCAAGUGGAACCUGGCCGCCAUGACUCCCCACGAUUUCAUCGAACACUUCCUCUCCAAAAUGCCAGAGGCGGAUGAGAACAAGCAGACCAUCCGCAAGCAUGCACAGACCUUUGUGGCCCUCUGUGCCACAGAUGUGAAGUUCAUUUCCAACCCACCCUCCAUGGUAGCUGCUGGGAGCGUGGUGGCUGCGAUGCAAGGCCUGAACCUGGGCAGCCCCAACAACUUCCUCUCCUGCUACCGCACAACGCACUUUCUUUCCAGAGUCAUCAAGUGUGACCCGGACUGCCUCCGUGCCUGCCAGGAACAGAUUGAAGCCCUUCUGGAGUCAAGCCUGCGCCAGGCCCAGCAGAACGUCGACCCCAAGGCCACUGAGGAGGAGGGGGAAGUGGAGGAAGAGGCUGGUCUGGCCUGCACACCCACCGACGUGCGAGAUGUGGACAUCUGAGGGCCACCGGGCAGGCGGGAGCCACCAAAUAGUGGCACCCGCGAAGAGGAAGGAGCCAGCCCGGGUGCUCCUGACGACGUCCCCCUUGGGGACGUGUUGUUACCAGAAGGGGAAGUUUUGUUCUCUUUGUUGGUUGUUUUUCCUUAAUCUUUCUCCUUUCUAUCUGAUUUAAGCAAAAGAGAAAAAAAUAUCUGAAAGCUGUCUUAAAGAGAGAGAGAGAGAGAGAUAGAAUCUGCAUCACCCUGAGAGUAGGGAGACAGGGGGUGCUACAAAAAUAGAAUUCUGUACCCCAGUAAUCAACUAGUUUUCUAUUAAUGUGCUUGUCUGUUCUAAGAGUAGGAUUAACACAGGGGAAGUCUUGAGAAGGAGUUUUGAUUCUUUUAUGUGUUUAAAAAAAAAGCUUAAGAAACAUUGCUUUAAAAAGGAAGGAAAAAAUACAGCAAACCAUUGUUAAAGUAGAAGAGUUUUUAGGUAGAGAAAUGUACUCUGCUUUGCUGAAAAGGCACAGCUUAGGCCCUCAGCCUCACUCCCUGGCUUGCUCGGUGCCUACAGCCCUGUUACCUGAUACCUGUGCUUUAUCCCAGGGGUGGGCAGACCUCUUAACCUUAUUGAUGGUCAGUGCGACCUCUAGUGGUCUCAUGGUGUGUGGCACACCCCCCCCCCUCCCCAGGGCUCAGCUUAAUGUGCCCUCUCCCCCCAACAACCUGCAGGUUCACAGCGCCAGCCACACAGCGGUAGGGAUGAAAUAGUGACAUAAUAUAUUCUAUUUUUGUAACCUUCCUAUUUUGUAGCUCUGUUUAGAGAGAUGCUGGUUUUUGCCUGAAGGCCCUGCAGCCCGCUCACAUCAGGUUAAACCCACAGCUUUUCUUUUGUGUGUGGUUUGUUUUGUUGUGUUUUCUUUCUCCAUGUUCCAAAACCAUUCCAUUUCAAAGCACUUUUGGUCAGCUAGCUGGAGGCAGUGUUGCUGGUGUGUGUGUUGGGGGGAGGGAUUCUAAUGGAAUGGUUGGGGGAUGUCCACACACGCAUUCAGAUGGCUGUACAACAGGUGUGUAGGGCUGGUAGUAUGAGGUGCUUGGGAAGUUUUGUUGGGUCAAGAAGAGAGAACUCUGUUCUUGCACCACCGGGAUCUGUCCUGCAAAAUUGAAGGGAUCCUUUGGUGCCAGCUGGUGUUUGGAAGUAGGAACCAUGAUGGCAUUACCUGGACAAGGAGAUUGGGGAUGACUCUUAAGUCUCACACAGGAGGCUUUUAAACACUAAAAUGUCUAAUUUAUACUUAAGGCUACAGAAGAGUAUUUAUGGGAAAGGCUGCCCAUGACCAGUGUGACUCAAAGCAAUGUGAUCUCCCUCGAUUCAAACACACACCUCUGCCCUGCUGGCGAAGGUUUAGAGCCAUGUCUGAGAGAUUGGUCUUUUAUUGGGCAAUGGGGGGGAGGGGGAGUCCUCAAAAAAAAAAAAACCCCACAAAGACAGAGAUUUGGUCUGCUUGACUUUCCCAACCCAAUUGGCCCCAUUGGAGAGCCAUCCAAACUGAGGAAAAUUAGGGGACUCCAAAAGAGUUUCGUUCUGGCCCAUUCUUGCCGUUGCCCCCAAGUUAACAACAGUAGGUAAUUUGCACACCUCUGGCUCUGUGCCUUUCUAUUAGGACUUUUUGAUGGAAGGUGGAGAGCGGGAGGCUUAAGAGGGGAUGUGAGGGGAGAGGUGAGGGUGGGACCACAUGGGACAGGCCACGGCUCCUCUCAUGGCGCUGCUACCGAUGACUCCCAGGAUCCCAGGCAUUCAGAACCAGAUUCUCAUUGCUUUGUAUCUUUCACGUUGUUUUCGCUGCUAUUGGAGGGUCAGUUUUGUUUUGUUUUUUUACAAUGUCAUAGACUGCCAUGUUCAAGUUUUAAUUUCCUCAUAGAGUGUAUUUACAGAUGCCCUUUUUUGUACUUUUUUUUUUAAUUGUGAUCAAUUUUGGCUUAAUGUGAUUACCGCUGUAUUCCAAAAAAAAAAAACAGGUUCCUGUUCACAAUACCUCAUGUAUCACCUAGCCAUGCACGAGCCUGGCAGGCAGGUGGGCGGUCUGCCUCCAGGGAUCCUGGGACCCUGAUGGCGAUCAUCCUGUCAUGCUGGGCCCUUCAUUUGAUCUGAGACAUAGCAUCACAGCAGUCAGGGCACCUGGAUUGUUCUGUUAUCGAUAUUGUUACUUGUAGCGGCCUGUUGUGCAUGCCACCAUGCUGCUGGCCCGGAGGGAUUUGCCCUGAGUCUCCGGUGCAUCAUUUAAUCUGUUAGGUUCUAGUGUUCCGUCUUGUUUUGUGUUAAUUACAGCAUUGUGCUAAUGUAAAGACUCUGCCUUUGCGAAGCCAGCUGCAGUGCUGUAGGCCCCCAAGUUCCCUAGCAAGCUGCCAAACCAAAACGGGCACCACCAGCUCAGCUGAGGCAUCCCAGCCAGGCAGGACCCUUGAGGGCCGCUGUGUCCAUGGUGAUGGGGUGAGGUUUUGGCCAAAAGGCCAAAGGCUGGUGGUGAGUCCACGGAGUCUGCCCUGUGACAUUGAAAGGCUUUGAGGGGCUCUGGCUGGUGGCCAGGUUGGCUUUUUGUAUUUCUGGUUGACACACCAUGGCGCUUCCCAGCACAGACAUGUGACCAGCAUGGUCCAGGAAAAAAAAAGACAAAAAAAAUCUAGAAAAUAAAAUUGGUAAAAUCUCA